UCAAAAUCGUUGAAGGGGUCCGACAUUAAAUUAAAUCCAUCCUCUAUAUCUCCGAAGACUUCACCGUAGACCCAUCAACUCGGGUCGGGUCCACCUCCUCCUUCCUCUGACACUUCACCCCCCCCACCGCAUCAGUAAAGCAAACGCCCGCAGAUCUAUCAGUAUCCGGCGCGAACAUCGCCUGAGCAGAGCAGCGGUUGCAGUCGGCCGGCGAGGCGUCGUAUCACGGCGCGGUUUCUGCUUCGUAGAUUAGAUCCCGUCACCGUCGAUACGACCAAUAUCACGGCGGGGGAGAGAUAGUAACUGGCCGGCGAGGCGACAUUUCCGACCCCGAUCAUGCCCUUCUCCUCCUACCUCGGCAAGGCCCGCCGCACUGGAGGAGGGGGAGCAUGGGCCUCCUCCACCGCCGCGGGCCCAGCGUCCGGCCCGCUCCUCCCUUCCUCCUCGUCCCCUGCCGCCAAGUCCAAGCAGCGCAAGCCCCGCAGGCGCACGGCCCUGGCGAACUUCCUCCUCGCCAACAUCUUCACCGUCGCCCUCUCCGUCUCCCUCCUCUUCUUCCUUCUUACUCUCUUUCUCUACGGCGUUCCCCACCCGAUCUCCUCCCGCUUCCACCCGAAGCGCCACCCGCUCAGGAAGGUCAGGCCGAAGUCGGCCGCCCACCACAGGCGCGGGAACAACUCUGGCCUUGGUUUCGCCGCCGUGGAUAUAACCACCAAGGAUUUGUACGAUAAGAUCGAGUUCUUGGACCUCGACGGCGGCCCCUGGAAGCAGGGUUGGAGGGUGAGAUAUAAGGGGAGCGAGUGGGACGACGAGAAGCUGAAGGUGUUCGUGGUGCCGCACUCGCAUAAUGACCCGGGUUGGAAGCUCACGGUCGAGGAAUACUAUGAUCGCCAGUCGAGGCAUAUAUUGGAUACCAUUGUUGAGAGUCUCUCGAAGGAUUCUAGGCGAAAAUUUAUUUGGGAAGAGAUGUCUUACCUGGAGAGGUGGUGGAGAGAUGCCUCGGACAUGCAAAAAGAAUCCUUUGCGGAUUUAGUGAAUAAUGGGCAAUUGGAGAUAGUUGGCGGUGGCUGGGUAAUGAAUGAUGAGGCAAACUCACAUUUUUAUGCCAUAAUUGAACAGAUGAUAGAAGGUAAUAUGUGGCUGAAUGACACCCUCGGUAUCAUCCCCAAAAACUCCUGGGCGAUAGAUCCAUUUGGCUACUCCCCAACAAUGGCCUACCUUUUACGUCGAAUGGGCUUUGAAAACAUGCUUAUACAGAGAACCCACUAUGAGCUCAAGAAGGAGCUUGCCCUCCACAAGAACUUAGAGUACAUUUGGCGCCAGAGCUGGGACACUGAAGAAUCCACAGACAUUUUUGUCCACAUGAUGCCCUUCUACUCAUAUGAUAUCCCCCACACUUGUGGGCCUGAGCCUGCUGUCUGCUGCCAGUUCGAUUUUGCUCGAAUGCGGGGCUUUAUGUAUGAGUUGUGUCCUUGGAGAGAGGACCCGGUGGAGACCAACCAAGAAAAUGUCGAGGAAAGGGCCAUGAAACUGCUAGAUCAGUACAGGAAGAAAUCGACUCUUUAUCGGACUAACACCCUGUUGGUUCCUCUAGGUGAUGAUUUCCGAUACAUCAGCAUUGAUGAGGCCGAAGCCCAGUUCAGGAACUACCAGAUGCUGUUUGAUUACAUCAAUUCAAACCCGAGCUUGAAUGCGGUGGUUAAUUUCGGCACAUUAGAAGACUAUUUUCGGACUCUUCGCGAGGAGACUGACAGAGUUAACUACUCAAUGCCAGGUGAGUUGGGGUCUGGCCUGGUCGGUGGCUUUCCUUCCCUCACUGGGGAUUUCUUCACUUAUGCCGACAGGCAACAAGACUACUGGAGUGGUUAUUAUGUCUCGAGGCCCUUCUUCAAGGCCGUGGAUCGUGUUCUUGAGCAUACUCUCCGUGCCUCUGAGAUUUUGAUGGGUUUCUUGCUUGGGUAUUGUCAGAGGUCUCAGUGUGAGAAGCUGCCUGUAGGAUAUUCUUACAAGUUGACUGCUGCGAGGAGAAACUUAGCUCUCUUUCAGCAUCACGAUGGAGUGACAGGGACUGCUAAAGACCAUGUGGUCCAGGAUUAUGGAAGCCGCAUGCACACUUCCCUGCAGGACCUACAGAUUUUCAUGUCCAAAGCCAUUGAGGUGCUUCUUGGGAUCCGCCACGAUAAGUCCGAUCAGAGCCCAUCCCUGUUCGAGCCUGAGGAGGUGAGGUCCAAGUAUGAUGCUCAUCCGAUGCACAGGGUGGUUGCAACCCCUGAGGGCAUGGCCCAUUCGGUGGUUUUCUUCAAUCCCUUGGAGCAAGCGAGAGAGGAGACCGUGAUGGUGGUUGUUGACAGGCCCGAUAUCACGGUAUUGGACUCAAACUGGACUUGCAUCCAGAGCCAACUCUCCCCCGAGCUUCAGCAUGAUAAAAGGAAUAUAUUUACGGGCAGGCAUAGAGUUCAUUGGAAAGUCUCUAUUCCUGCAAUGGGGGUGCAGACUUAUUAUAUUGCUAAUGGUUUCGUAGGUUGUGAGAAGUCUGAACCUUCUAGACUUAAAUAUUUCUCAGAGUCCGGUAAUUUGUCUUGUCCAGUCCCUUAUGUUUGCAUGAAACUCGAAGGCGAAGAUACUGUGAGAAUUCAGAACAAGCAUCAGACACUGACCUUCGAUGUCAAGCAUGGGCUAUUGCAGAAGGUAACUCAACCAGAAGGAUCACUGAACAUUAUUGGUGAAGAGAUAAACAUGUAUUCCAGCUCAGGGGGUGCCUACCUUUUCUUACCCCUUGGGGAUGCAGAACCUAUCAUCAAAGCUGGCGGGACUUUGCUCGUUUCCGAGGGCCCACUGAUGGAAGAGGUCUUCUCAUUCCCAAAGACGAAAUGGGACAGUUCUCCCAUCUCCCUCAGCACUCGUCUCUAUAAUGUGGAAGAUUCCAUACAGGGGCUUCUUGUUGAGAAAGAGUACCAUGUUGAGCUCUUGGGUCCUGCUUUUAAUGACAAGGAGUUGAUUGUGAGGUACAAAACAGAUGUUGAUAGCAAGAGAAUCUUCUACACCGAUCUGAACGGGUUCCAGAUGGCUCGGAGGCAGUACUAUGAUAAGAUCCCACUUCAGGGAAACUACUACCCUAUGCCAUCACUGGCUUUCAUUCAGGGAUCCGAUGGCCAGCGAUUCUAUGUGCACUCAAGGCAGUCCUUGGGAGUGACAAGCAUCAGAGAUGGGUGGCUGGAGAUCAUGCUUGACCGCAGAUUACUACGCGAUGAUGGGCGGGGUCUAGGGCAGGGGGUCCUUGAUAACCGUGCAAUGACCACAACGUUCCACCUUCUCUUUGAGUCCAAUGUUUCUUCUGGCUCAGACCCAAUCUCAAACCCUCGUCCCUUGAGCCCCUCUCUUCUUUCUCAUCGUGUCGGGGCCCACUUGAACUACCCGUUACAUGCUUUUAUUGCAAAGAAGCCUCAGAAGACCUCUGUCCAGCCUCUCUCGAGGACCUUCUCUCCUUUAACUUCUCCCUUACCUUGUGACCUUCACAUCGUGACCUUUAAGGUCCCCCGGCCUCUCAAGUAUUCUCAGCAGGCAAGCGAGUCUCCACGGUUUGUGCUCAUGUUGCAGAGGUUGCAUUGGGAUUCCUCAUACUGUAAGAAGGGGAGAUCGGGUUGUUCAGUUAUGUCUGAUGAGCCGGUGAAUCUCUUCAACAUAUUCAAGAGCCUCUCAGUUCUGAAUGCAAGGAUGACUUCCUUGAAUCUCCUCCACGAGGACCCAGAGAUUAUGGGGUACGACGAGCAGGUCUCAGAGGUUCAGGAUCGGCCUCUGGUGAUCUCUCCAAUGGAAAUUCAGGCUUACAAGCUUGAAGUUAGGCCCCACCAAUGAUAAUAUUCCCUUGAAUUCAUUUUCAAACUCAUCAUCCCUCAGAGAGACUUAUUAAUCUGUAUCUGCUGCAAGCAGAUUGAUCACUGAAGCCGACGUGAUGGUUCGGCACUGGAGGGUCAGAACAUGUUGAAGGGCUGGUCUCGGUACGCAUAGAUAGAUUGCUGAUGCCAUGCUUAUGAUGAUAGAUUCUGAUACCUUCAUAUGUUGUUGGGCAAUGUGUUGCAAGGGAUCAUAGUUCUUUUGAGACCACGAGAAAUACCUGACUGUAUCUUUCUUCUUUCUGGGGUUUUAACAUUUUCUGUUCUACAUAGGAUGAAGGUUUCUUUUACGUGUAUAAUGAGUUUGUACCAUGACAAUUCCUAGUGAAGUCAUUUUUGUAGUUUGCAGUAGCAAUGUGGAAUCUUUCGUCAUUUGAAUUCUGUUUCA